AUGGCAACACAAAUAACGCCUUCAAAGCAGGCCGCGGCCAGCCUAGAUACCCUGAACAUGGGUGACUCGCCUGCGAAGAAGCUCGAUUUCCAGCAAGUCGACAAGGAGAAUCUACCGUUAAACGCGCAAGCUCCCAUUACUCAAGAUGUCGACCUCAAGAAGCCCGCCAUCGAGGUUCUGAAAGAGGACUUGAAGCCGAACGUCGCACCCACGAUCAAGCCACAUGAAGCCGAUGAGCCACUUCUGCAAGAGAAUCCUCAUCGUUUCGUCCUUUUCCCCAUCAAGUACCAUGAGAUAUGGCAAAUGUACAAGAAAGCCGAGGCAUCCUUCUGGACAGCAGAAGAGAUCGACUUGUCUAAAGAUCUCCAUGAUUGGAACAACAGACUCAAUGAUGAUGAGCGGUACUUUGUUUCGCAUGUCCUUGCCUUUUUUGCCGCCUCAGACGGCAUUGUGAACGAGAACUUAGUGGAGCGAUUCAGCGGCGAGGUACAGAUACCGGAAGCGCGAUGCUUCUACGGUUUCCAGAUCAUGAUGGAGAACAUCCACUCGGAAACAUACUCUUUACUUAUUGAUACAUACAUCAAGGAGCAGAAGCAGCGAACGCAUCUUUUUGAUGCCAUUGAUACAAUUCCAUGCAUCCGCAAGAAGGCUGACUGGGCCUUGAGGUGGAUAUCAGAUAAGAAAUCCACCUUCGCUCAACGAUUGAUUGCUUUCGCUGCUGUGGAGGGCAUCUUCUUCUCCGGCUCAUUUGCCGCGGUCUUCUGGCUCAAGAAGCGCGGUCUCAUGCCCGGCCUCACAUUCUCAAAUGAGCUCAUCUCACGCGACGAAGGCAUGCAUACCGAUUUUGCCUGUCUACUUUUUUCCCAUCUUAGAAAUAGACCUAGCCCAAAACAGGUACAGGAUGUGAUUGUGGAAGCUGUCGAGAUUGAGCAAGAAUUCUUGACCGAAGCUUUGCCAUGCGGCCUGCUUGGCAUGAACGCAACACUUAUGAAGCAAUACAUCGAGUUUGUAGCGGAUCGACUGCUCGUUGCGCUUGGCAAUCAGAAAUACUACAAGGUCUCUAAUCCAUUCGACUUCAUGGAGUCAAUCUCACUUGCUGGCAAGACGAAUUUCUUUGAGAAGCGAGUCGGCGAUUAUCAAAAAGCUGGUGUGAUGGCUAGCACGAACAAGAAAGAGGAGAAUACAGAGGCGCCGAAGACAACGAAUGGCAGCAACUUGAACUUCGAUGAGGACUUUUGA